UUAGACAACAUACAAUCAUAGGAAAAUUUUCGAAAGUUUUCAUAAUUUUGACAGCAAGCAAUUAAUAAUCAUAAAUGAGAAAAGUAUCAUCAUUGUUUGAGUGAUUUUUUUCUUUGAGUCAGCAUUAUUAUUAUUCAGUCACAAUCAUUUUGAAGAAUAUUUUUAUUUCGAUCAGUCAUUGUCGUACGGAAUGUUAUCUUGCGAGAGAGUUCGCGGGGAACUGGAAUCUUUAUCGUUGGCCUAUUGGCAGCGAACGUGUCGACUGUCGUCGAAUAGGCACUAAACUCAAGCAGUUAGAUAUAUAUCGGACGAACAGAGAUAGAGAGAUUAAUUGACUGCGCGCCAGUUGGUUGGCAAAGGCUGGCGGCGUAGGUCGAUCAGUGCCUAAUGUAAAUAUUGACUUACGUUUAUUGCGUUUACUUAUCGUGAAUUUAGACCUAUUUUAGCACGUAUAUUUGCGAUAUGUGGCGGAUAUAUUUAUUCAUUCUUCUUCUUCUGACCAUGGUUUUCUCGACGUACUGUUCAUCUGUCAACGAGACUGUGUUUGUGAAUACAAAUAAGACAAAACUCAAGAUAUUGGGUGUCUUCGGACAUCUCGGCAAGAGUCACUUCGACGUGUUCAAGCCGCUUUUGGAGGAAUUAGCUCACCAGGGUCAUGAAAUCACUGUAAUUUCGUACUUUCCCCGAACCGACAAUGCCAAGACGAAAGAACCGCUGCCUAAUUAUAAGGAUAUCGAUCUGGUAGAUCCUGAAGUCGGCGUCUAUGUGAACAUCGUAGAUCUUCAGAAAAUCAGUCAUUCAUUCUUUCGUCCAGUUUAUGAAUUUCUUAUGUUGAAAUCUAUGGCUGAUUUCGCGUGCAGUACCGGUCUACGAAAUCCAGCGGUUACGGAACUUCUGCGAUCCGACGAAAAAUUCGACGUGAUCCUCACGGAGAACUUCAACACCGAUUGCUUUCUGGGUUUCAUCCAUCAUUUUAAAACGCCCUACCUGGCCCUCUCGUCGCAUCAAAUCAUGCCGUGGACCAAUGAAGACAUGGGCAACGAAGACAAUCCCAGCUAUAUCCCAAAUAUAUUUCUUGGUUUAACCAGGCCAAUGGAUUUUUUCAACAGAAUGACAAACACUGUGACAUUGCCGAUGUUCAAGGCGGUCUACGAAUAUUGGUUCCGACCCGCCCAUCAAAUCAUCGCCAACGAGGUGUUCGGUCCUGAUCUCCCGAAGCUAAAAAAGAUUGCUCAGCAGUCGAACGCGUUGUUGGUAAACACUCAUAGCAGUCUUCAUGGCAGUAGACCGCAACUGCCGAACGUAGUUGAGAUUGGUGGAAUUCAUAUUCCGUCCAGGAUUAAUCCGUUGCCGGAGGACAUAGCUGAAUUCCUCGAUAGCGCGCACGAUGGAGCGCUCUUCUUUAGCCUCGGCUCCAUGAUUAAAGCGACGACCAUGCCGCAGAAAAAGCUGGAUGCGAUAUUGAAGGUGCUUGGCUCGAUCCCGCGAAAGGUUAUUUGGAAAUGGGAGAUUGAUGAGCUACCACACGAAAUGGACAAUGUCAUAACCAGGAAAUGGUUGCCUCAGUUUGCCGUGAUGAAUCAUCCAAAUAUCAAGUGUUACCUGGGUCACGGCGGACUUCUUGGACUCUCGGAGGCUGUCUACAUAGGACUACCGAUGAUCUUAGUGCCGAUAUUCGGCGAUCAAUUUUACAAUUCGGCUGCAGCGAAGACCAGAGGUGCCGCGGUAGUACUCUCGUUCGAUGAUUUGAGCGAACAAUCAUUGAGACAUGCUUUGGACAUUUGUUUUAAUAAUACCAGUUACCGUGAGAACGCCCAGAGGCUUUCGAAAGCUUACCGUGAUCGACCUGCCACGCCGUUGGAGACGGCGGUAUGGUGGACGGAAUACAUCGCUCGGGGCAAUGGCAAUUCUUACUUGCGUAGCGAGGGCGCGGAUCUACUUUGGUACCAGUAUCAUCUCAUCGACGUCGCGCUCGUUUUGAUUAUCGUCUCCACAGCACUCAUCUACAUCUUCUUCCGGUUGAUCAAGCUGCUGCUGUCGUUGCUUAGCGCCGUCAAAGGAAAAGCCGGAAGCCAGGCUGGAAAGAAGAGCAAGUGGAAGAAGAAGGACUGAUGACAGACGCGUCGAAAAAGGCGAUUACAAGGUGGAAUUAGAAAAGCAUGUUACAAAUCGACGUCGAUUGGUUUUAGCUUAAUUAUUCGAUCGGCAAUUUCUCUUAUCCGACCUUAAAACUGGCGUGGAACAAAGUCAUCUAAUUUCUAGAUAGUUCUACAGUAUUUUAUGGUAUCCAAGUAUAACCGUUAACUGAAACUCCGUCCGAACAGAUGGUGUAAAACUUAUAGUUUGCGAGUUCCUCUUUUUUACUUUUUCCCGUUUUACGACAGACAGCGAAACUAUCCUUCAUUUUCUGCCGACUUGCGUGGCAUUAAACAUUUGUUCCUUCAUUUCGGCGGCAAUCGAAACUAUAGUUUAUUAUUUUUAUCGUUAUAUGCAAUAUGUUUAGCAUAGACUUAACUUAUAUAUAUUUAAACCAAAUAUACAAAUUUUAGCUAAUUUAUCCAUUUCCAAAAAUUGUAAUACUAUCUCAUGUGUGACCGUUUUAAUAAACAAUAAAAAAAAUUUUAAUUGA